AUGUCUACACCAAACCGGUCAGAGGCCGUUCUUGAAGCCCGAGAGGCCUUGCGAAAGCUCUCUGGAGAUUUGGCCGUGUACCGAGACCCGGAAGUACAGCGCCAUCUUUUGAAUCCGGCGCUAGGGUCAAAGAGGCAUCUCGACUCCAGUUCUCCAGCUGAACUUCACGCACUAAUCAUCAACUUGCGAACUGAACUAAAUCAAGCCGCAGAGGAGCGUCAACGCACAAAGGAAGAUAUUCUCAACGCCCGAAAACGAGCUGCUCGUGCGGAGGGGCAAAUUGAUGAAUUGCAACAGCAAUUGACGCAAAAAGAAGUUGAGCAUGACGAAAUUGUGGAACAAGCGAGCACACGCAUCGAUGCGCUCGUCAAAGAGCACAGAUCCGCGUUGCUGGCUGCGAGAGACAAAGCUUUUCUUUUGCAAGAGACUCUGGAGAAAGAUCACCUUGGACAUAAAAGUAUUAUCGCGGAGAAAGACCGACUUCGGAUUCAGUGUAAAGAAGCCGAGUCUAAGCUAGAUGGAAUGCGACGGGAAAUUGAAGCGACGGAAGAACGACAUGCAAUUGAGAUGAAAGCAACUGUGGGAGAUAUGGAACGUGCCUGGAGAAAAGUUGAUGCACUGCAAAAUGAGGUUGAAAGGUUGCGAAAAUCACAUGGACAUACAAGCGGGUUUUCAAAAGAAGUUGCUACGUCUAGAACGCUAGCCAAGAAAUUGCAGAUAGAGAAUGCUUCUCUAAAGUCGGAGCUUGCAUCACAGAGCAAGGAAUUAAUUGCGAAAAGGAGCGAACUCGCACGGGCAAAGGCAGCUGCUGAUGACACCAAGGAAAGAAUACAAAACACGCAAAGCGAAAGGGCAGAACUGCUUGCUCUUCGGGAGGAAAAACGUUCUCUCCGAGACCUAAGAAGGAAGUCAGCGAAUUUUGAAGACCACCUCUCGGCUUUAGCGCGCGAAAAAGAAGAAUUAACCGGAAUGAUUCGAGACCUGUCACCCACUUGUGAUGUUCAGGAAGGUUUGGAGAUUUUGAAGGCUUCGAAAUUCGAUGGAUUGGCUAAGGGUAAAAUGACAAUAGCGGAACGUAACGUACUGAGCCAGAAGAACAGAGAACUUGAGAAUACAGCGAAGCAGAGUCAGAACGAUUUAGCACGCCAAGCAAAGCAAAUAGCACAGCUGAAAAAAAGCCUGGAAGAUGCGGCAGCAAAGCUCACCCAAAUGCGACUUGCAAGAGACAAUUCACUCUCUUCUGGAAAAAGACAUGAGCGCAUGCGAGGCAUUAUUGAAUACGAGAAAAGCUUUUUCAAGCAAGCACUUGAGAAAAUAGAAACAGACUUCGACAAACCUCAGAGCACAGAUCAAUAUGCUGAAAGGCUGAGGAAGCGUGCUGAGAUGUACGAGAAGUCGUGUGAGAAGUACAAAUCAGAAUUGAAAGAGCUUGAAACUGCUUUGAAUGAGCACCGCAGAAACGCUGAAGGGACGGCGAAAGGAUUGAUCAAAGCAUCAUCCGAGUGGCCGGGAGAUGGAAAAGUCGUUACUGACGCUGAAGGAAGAGGUCCAGAAAUAACCAAAGCUUUGCAGAAAAUGAAAAGCACCAUCGACGCACAAGAAAAAGUAAUCAAGAAAUCCGAGAUGUUUGAGAAACGCGCCAAGGAACUUGAAGCAGAAGUACAGCGGCUUCGGAAGGUACAGACGGAAACUGAAUUUGACUACGAUCCUGCGGUAGCAAAAGUUGUACACAUGAAAAGCAACCCUCUUGAGCAAGCUGUGAAACGAGCACAAGAAGAAGAGCAAAUUAAAGCUGGAAAGAAAAGGAUGCGAUUGGACGUCGGGGAUUUGUCUCCGGGAAGAGAUGGUGCGUUAGACUCUCGGAUAUUGGGCCUUCAGAAGGAAAUCCGUGAGUUAGAGUCGAAGAACGAGGACCUAGCCAAGAAAUCCAAACUUGGUAUUCGUUUAGGAGAGGUCGCCAAGAAAAAAAUUGAAGAAGUACGGGCAGCAGUGUAUAACUUGUUUGGGUGGUCUAUGAAUGUUUAUGGCGCUAAUUAUAGGAUUAGCUCCAUUUAUGCUGAAGGGCCAAGAGAUUUGCUUGAGUUUGGUAUGAACGAAACUGGGACAAUGACUCUUAUGGAGACUGAGUACACCUCCAGAUUAGCGGAGGAGAUAGAGCAAUACGUCCAGAAAAUGAACUCAGUUCCGGCUCUUCUGGCCAGUAUCACGAUAGAAAACUUUGAGAAGACGACAUCAUUCGCAUGACGUAAACGCUAACUAUGAAUUGUCAUUGACGUUAA